UCGGAGCUCGGCCAAAGCCGGCCUUGAUGGCUAAGCGCAGAGCGGAGGCGGUGGCCUGUCGCGCGCCUUGCCAGCCGCGCUCUUUCCCGCGCGCGCCUCCUUCGAAGCGCUCGCGGAGCGAUCUCGAACGGCGGGAGUCGCUCUGGCGGGAAAACGGCGGGGAGAAGAAGCGCAAAUGGACGGUUGUUGCGGAGGGAGGCGACGAGGCGGGGGCCGGCGGCAAGAGGCUCGCGGAAGGAACGGCGCGGCGGGAGCCCGAGCAACGGAUUCCUAUAGUCGCCGGGAUGGCGAGCGAAGCGGCGGCCCUCGCCGGAGGAGAUGCAACGGGCAGUCAGGGAGGGCCCGAGAAGCCUGAAGAUGACGUUUGGCACUACAACUCCUUCCAGUUCUGGAAGUUACCAUUACCUACCAUUGAUUUGUCUGAUAUUCAAGAAUUAGAAAAAGGCUCCAUAACAGAAACAAGAUCCUCCAGUAACACCUCACUAUCAGAAAUGGAAACCUGAAGAAUAAUCUAUUGGUAUAGAUUAUAGAGUGUGGUUACUGUUUUGCACUGUUGUUCCUUGAAAGUAUAAGCAGAGUUGAAACUAUGAAGGUGUUAAAUAUAAUUUGAAGAAAGGAUAACUUCUGCAUUCUUUUAAAAUGUAGAAUUCAUCAAAGACUAACUAGAGAAGCUAUCAAUAUAUUGAACCAAUACAUUUAGAGGAUUAAAGGAAUUUACAAAAACUGAUACGUAUGAAUGAAAUUGCUUUAGCUCAUUGCCAGUAUAAAUUAAAUGUGUGCAAAAUUUUAAAAAGGGGUAUACUGCCAUGGAAAAGAGUAUAAGUUAUGUGUGUAUUUUAAUUAUGGCUAGAAAAGUUUAACAGCAAAAUAAAACUGCAAGUCUCUGCAAAACUGAAACAACUAUGGCCAACACUUUCUUCCAAGAAUUUCCAUAGAAAUAAAUUUUGUUGCUGAAAAUAAUUUAAUCAGUUAUUUUUAUUAUAACUGGUUACUUGAUGUUAAGAAGUUCUAGCAAUUUGCCAGCAAAUUGAAGAAUCAUGAUGGAAAAUGAUAGGAAACCUGCACAAUGGACCAACUGAUGGAAGCUCUGGGCAUAUUUACAGAAAGUGGCUUGGAGCUGGAUUGUACCAGGAGGCAAGUUGCAGUCAGCUAGGAAUGUCUUAAUUGUUAACAGAUUUAGAAUGAAACAAAUAUAGAAGAGUCAAGGAUGAAUAAAGUAAAGCUACUACAAUUAAACCUCCUUUCUCUUCCUGUCCAUGUAGGUCCCCAUGGCUGCCCUAAUCUUUCCAUUUUUAUUUACUCCACAUACCCUGUUUUGCACACCGCCUGUCACCACUUCAGUGCAUAUUCAACUGAUCCACUCCUCCCCCACCUUCUUGUGCUCACCUUCCUUCAUUGUGCUCCUUUAGCUGCAUGCUGCCCGUGUUCAUAUAGCUUGCCUCACACUUUCCCUUAGCUACACAUUGCCAUUGGUGGUUUUCUGAUCAUUCAACCUGUCACCCAAAAAACCUCAGCUUAGAACAUGUGCUCUUUAUUCAUACCAAACACUGAGACCAAACGUAGAGAUCAAUCUGACAUAGAAUAUUCAGAACUGUCUGUUCCAGUACUGAAUAUUUUGCAUAUCCAUACUGUAUAGUUAAAAACUUGCAUAUUAUAAAAGUUUGAUUAUUUUUAAAAUACUGACUUUGCUGUCACUUUCUUAAUGAUGGUUGUUUGAAAUCUUCAACAGAAUUCUGAUAAUUUAGUUUUUAAGCAGAUUACAGUUUUUUUUUUAAAAAAACGAGCAUAUUAAAAUUGUCUUCACUGCCUAAUUAAAUUUCUACUGAUUUCUUAAAACUGAAAAAAUACUGUAUAUACAAUGAAAAGAAUUCACUUAAAUGAUUUCUUAUUUAUAAUGGUAUUUUCACUUUAACCUUAGGUGCCAUUACAGUAAACCUAUGUGUCGAUAAACAAGCAUGGGCAAUGUUUGUAGACUUUUUUCUAAUAAGGUGUGUUGAAAUAAUUUUCCUUGUAGAAAGUAAUACAUAAGGCUUAUCUGAUAUAUAAUAAUACUUACCUAAUUUCACUGACCUUCUAUAUUUUUCCAAUAGUUACACAGUUCAUUUCAUGUAACUGCUAUAAAGUUAGUUUUGCAUGCUUAUUCAAAAAUAAGGCCUGCUGAAAAUAGUAGUCUUUGUUCUAAGAUGCUGAAUUUUGGUUAGCAAUUGCAGAUUUUUCCCCCUUAAAAAUACAAAUUUUGCUGUAUAGCAGACUCUUUCUAAUUUUGUACUUAAAUUUUGGUUGCUGUAUUUCAUAAGAAUUCACUAUCGAGCUCUUUGAUGCAGAAGAAAAAACAAGUAUAGUUUCCUUUCUCCUCCAUUCUGCUCCAUUUAUCUGUUUGCUAUGGAAUGAAAGAAAGUUACUCUUACAACAUUUCAUCAGCCUAAACAUUCCUGUUCCUUUACCGGCAUUAUUUCAUUAUUUUGAGUCAUGGGCCAAAGUUUGGGAGAAUAAGACGAGGAACAACCAACCAAAAGAAGCUACCUUUAUAAAAGGAACUAUUAUCUGAAAAAUGCACAUGGUCAGCUCUCUUAUGAACACAUUCUUGGAUAAGAAUAUUGGAUAAGUUGAUUUUGUAUUUUAGUAAUUAAAAUGCAUUGUAAAUCAUAUAUUUGACUUUUUUCUUGUUUUCUGCAGUACACACACACUACUUGCACAAAAUAUAUUUGUAAGGACCUACUCAGCUAUAAUAUACAAACAACAAGCUUUUUAAUAACUAUUGCAUCAAUAUUUUGUUGCAACAACUACUAAGAAGAAAUAAGUAUUUAGUAGCAUUGAGAUUAGCAAGAAAAAUAGUAAACGUGCUUUUUGGUUAUCUCAUAAUGAACAAGUCAGCUUAUAUUAGUAAAAGAUCCACGGUGAUGGAUCUCUUUGGAUUUUUUUCCAUUGGAAAACUUCUAUUCUGAACUAAGCUGCUACUUAAAACAAACAAGAAACAUUCUGAAUGUUAAUCAUUUCCUUAAUGUUGUAUAUAAACUUGAAACCAGAUUGUCACAUGCUUUUGAGUAUAAGUUGUAGUCUCUUCAGUUUAAUUGCAGUACAAGUAUGUCACCAGAGUUUUCAGAGUUCAUCUUUUUCCCUUUUCCCAUUAAAGCUUUUAAUUGCAAGCACAUGGACAAUUGUAAUCAUUACUUUCCAGCAUUGUUUCCAUUAGCUGUUAGGGCAAAGCAGGGUUUAUCUGAUUGUGAUGUAGAUGGAAAGUUCAGUAUGAAAUCCAGGGGCUAAAGCCUAGAAAAAGUUAGUUUUAGUGAUGAGAACGAAGAAGGUAAGUAAGCUGACUUUUCUAUUGUGAUGUAUGCAUCUUUGAUAUGGAACAACUUUGAAUAAAAUGUAAAGUUUUUAUUGGGUUCAAUGUCAAAGAAUAAACGUUUUCAGCAUGUCAAAAAUUAACCAGAGAAAGAUAGAAAACAGUAGCACUGACUUUUUCCCCUUACCUAUUGUUGCGUUUUUGGCAUAUACUUCUCAGCAAAAGACAAAAC